AUGCCACCUUCAGCAGCUAACACUCCAUCCGCUCACGAGAAAUGUACUACCUGUGGAACAGUUCUCAAGCACACAACUUGUGGUAAUUCGCAGGAAGACUAUUACAAUACAGAAAUUUACCCGCCAAUCCUAGAACAUGCAGUUAAUCACGAUCUACCCGCGGCUAAGAUAUACGGUGUACAUACACCAUAUCCCGAGUUAAUCCAGGAUAUAAACGAUGACCACUUGAAAUCUUUAGUCGAGGAGUGGGUCUCAAAGUUUAACGCAGUAUUACAGGAUAUAAAAGCUGGUCUCGACAAACGUCACGUUGAUGCUAAGUUUGAUGGACUUUUUGCAAACCAUGUGGCUUGGAGAGACCAUUUAGCUCUUGGCUGGAACUUCCAUACGUUCAAUGGUCUCAAGGCCUUGAAAAAACGGGUGAUUCCACGGUUAUACACCGUAAAAAUUGAAGAUAUUGUAUUAGACGACUUGGCGGAUUACCGUUACAAGCUUGGGUUUGGUAAAGUUGUGAUGCACGAGAAAACCGCAGAGCAUCCUUCUAUAGAAUGGAUCCAAAUCUAUUACAAUUUCGUGAAUAAGAUUGGUUCAGGAAAGGGCGUAGGGAGAUUAGCUGCUGUAAAGGAUCCUGUUACAGGGGCUGGUAAAUUAAUGUGCUUCACAUUAUAUACCGUCUUGGAAGACUUAAAGGCUAGUCCUGAAAAGGUACUUCGUAAUAGGCCUGAGGGGGUUGAUCACGGUCCACACAAGGACCGACAAUCUUGGCUCGAGGUCAGGGAACGUGAAACAACAUUUACUGAAACCCACCAACCCACAGUGUUAAUUGUGGGAGGCGGGCAAGGCGGUUUAUCCCUCGCGGCCCGGUUAAAGAGCUUUGGAAUCAACUCUCUAAUCGUGGAGAAAAACCAUAAGGUUGGCGACAAUUGGAGAAACCGUUACAAAUUCUUAGUGUUACACGACCCUGUCUGGUACGACGAGAUGCCUUAUAUCAACUUUCCCCCUACUUGGCCUGUGUAUACUCCUAAGGACAAGUUGGGUGAUUGGUUUGAUAGUUACGCUAAGAGCUUAGACUUAAAUAUCCAAUGUGAUACCACAGCCGUUGGUGCUUCGUUCGACGAUGUUACACGGAGGUGGAAAGUUGAAGUAAGGAACAACUUAACCGGUGCCAUAAACUUCUUCAGACCCAGUCACUUGGUAAUGGCCACCGGUCAUUCAGGUGAACCACGUAUCCCCCAUUUUGAAGGCCAAGAACACUUUCAAGGUAAAAUUGUGCACUCGUCCCAACACGGUUCAGGGGCACAAUACAAAGGAGGAAAAGCACUUGUUGUUGGAGGCUGUAACUCCGCACAUGAUAUCUGUCAGGAUUUCUAUGAACAAGGUGUAGAUGUCACCAUGUUGCAGAGGUCAUCGACAUGUAUUAUCACGUCGACUCACGGUACUGUAAUCAACAACAAGGACUUGUACGAUGAAGAUGGUCCUAAAACCGAAACCGCUGACCGUAUCUUUCAUUCUAUGCCUAUACACUUGAUGAACGGCGUUAUGCAACAGCAGUUCCGUUCUUCUUGUAUUCAGGACAAGCAAUUGUUAGAUUCCUUGAACGAAGUAGGUUUUAAGACCAACGCAGGAUUUGGCGGAACCGGUGUAUUUGGACUUUACUUCCGUGUAGGAUCCGGGUACUAUAUUGACGUCGGAUGUAGCCCAUUGAUUGUGGAAAAAAAGGUCAAGCUCAAACAUGGAGUUGGUAUCAAAAGAUUCCUCAAAACAGGCGUUGAGUUUACCGAUGGAACCAAAUUGGAAGGAUUGGAUGUAGUCGUUUUGGCAACGGGUUAUACAAACAUGAAAGAAACCGCAAGGAGAUUGUUUGGUAACAAAGUUGCAGAUAGAUUGAAUCCAGUGUGGGGAUUGGACAAGGAAGGAGAGAUCCAAACCAUGUGGAGAGACUCCGGACAUCCAAACUUUUGGUUCAUGGGAGGUAACUUGGCCCUUGCGAGAUACUACUCCAAGCGCUUGGCUCUAAAAAUCGUAGCCCAGGAAAAAGACAUCUUCUAUUAA